CCUUCAAGAUUAUAGGCAGGUCCUCGAGUUCAGUUUUCAAGAACACGGCUACACAUGCACGUCACAAGUUGGCAUCUGAGUCCAUGGGUAGAUUUCGACGUAAAACGUGAAAAACAUCAUCCGAACAACGACAGUAGCCUAAUCCUGUUGUCAACAGCUCCCCGAAUACACUUCAGGGAGUGCUGCAAUGACGUCCACUUUGACAGGAGGGAAAAAAAUGCCAACACCGGCCAGAGAAACUCUGGAAGAGGCUAGUGAUCAAUGUUUUCCCAAGCGUUUGCAAGACACAAUGGAAAAAGACCCAAUCACUUGCUCAGAUGAAGCUCUGACUCGAUCACGAUGUCGACCGAAGAAUAAAAAGAGAAGGGCUUCGUCAUCGUCGUCCUCAUCUUCAUCAGCAUCGCCUAAUCACAAAAUUGUAAAAAAAAAGAAAGUUGUAGCAUCUUCACCUUCUUCGUCGUCCUCUUCCUCAUCUUCCUCUUCCUCAUCAUCAUCUUCCUCUUCUUCAUCCUCUUCCUCAUCAUCGUCAUCAUCAUCAUCAUCAUCUACAGAUUCAUCAAUCUCGGAACUUGAUAUUUCAAAGAGAAAGCUUAAGGGAAAAGCAUUGAAGAAAGCUCUCAAGAAGAGAAAAAAGAGAGAAAAGGCAUUAAGGAAAAAGCUUAAAAAGCUCAAGAAACAGGAGAAAGAAAAACAGAAGAAAUCCAUUAAGAAGAAGGUGAAGAAGCUUAGGAAGAAAUUGAAGAGACUGAAGAAGUACACCAAAAAGGAAACAAAGCAUGUCAAAAAGAAAGUAACCCCUGAGGAGAAACUAAAGAUAGAGUUGUUAGAGAAGAAGAGAGAGACAAGUAAAGAACCUAGAAAUACAAAAAAGAAAGAGAGCAAGAAAACCACAGACGUUGUUGAAAAUGGGUCAUCAUCUGUAGGCCCCAGCAUUGAUUUAAUGACACAACCAACAUCCAAUGUACCCAUGACCAAAGAGGAAUGGGAAAAGCAAGAAAGUGUCCUCCGCCGUGUUUACGAUACCGACACCGGUCGACACAGGCUAAUCAAAGGCUCAGGAGAAGUCAUGGAGGAAUGUGUCAGCAGGGACCGACAUCGAGCAAUCAAUAAAGCUGCCACCCAAAAUGAUGGCGAAUACUUUCAGUCCACGGUCAAGUCUCGAGCCUCAAAAUAAUGACGUAUUACAUACACAGUGUAUAUGUAUGCAUAAGAAUAAGGAAGAUCUGUCAGGGGGUCAAGAUAGGGCCAGAAAACUGAAGGGACGUAGGCAGUUCUUGAGGUGUUCAAGGACACUCGCUGGAUGUCGAAAACCAUGCAAAAUGUACUUACAAAAGUAGCAUAUUUUCUAUUUGUGAGUUCAUUUAUAAAACUGCACCAUAUAGCAAUUGGGAGCUAUUUGUUCUCAGUCGCUGAGGAGUGGUUGUCUGUGUAAGGUGCACAAUUUACUCAAUCAGAAUUUGAUGUGGAAUAGUGUUUAAGAGAGCAUAAGUAUUGAAUAUACAUUUCAUAGGAAUUACUUUUAAUACAGUUCAAAAUAUUUUUGUUAUAGCAUUCUCUUAAACUGUAACUCUCAUAUUGAUGCGAUUUUUGCAAGGACACCUUUCUUUUAAUAUUUCUGUGACAAACUGCAUUACUCAUGAAUGGAUCAGCUCUUUAUCCAAAUGGACUAUAUAGAGUAUGUUGUUGUUUUUGUAAUUGACAUACAAACAUAUAUACACUUAACAUAUGCACACAAACACUUACAUGUGACAAACUUGCACACAAACUCACACUCACAAAUAUAUUUAAGCUAGUACACAUUGUUUUAUUAUGGUGACUGGUCUCCCAUGUUGGGGUAAUAUGUACAGUAAUUCAGUAGUAUUGAUUUGUAUGCGGUACUGUAUUGUUUUGGUGUAGUAUUUUUGAAUUUGACAUGGAAUCUGAGAGUUUUACUGUGUCCCUGGAAGUAAAUCCUAAUUAUUUAGGAUGUGUACACUGACCAUGAUUUUAUAAGACCAUUAAUUAUUUAGUUAACAUUGGUUAUUUAUCACAAAUAUAUAUAUAUAUGUGCAUAUGUUUGUUUGUAUCUCUUCAGGCUGUUUAUUUAGGGUGGUUGUCUGAUGGUUUUAUGAUUGUAAUCUUCGGGUUUGUGUUUUGUAUAAAUAUAUGUAGAUACAUAUGAGAAAAUCAUAGCUCACUAUUCUGUGAACUUAUAGAACCAGUAAACUCAGUUUUUUGGAAUCGGUUGAGGUGUUCCUUUACCAUAACAAUGGCCUUACAGAUAACUUUUUUAAAUGUAGUCCACUUUGUUUUGUUUGUUUGAGACAAAAGCAGUCUGAAAUUGAAUUACUAAAACUUGCUCUGUAGAAACCAAAGGAAUUUUGGCACUGUUCUGCUUCUGCAGGAUGGGAAGAUUGAAACAAAAAGAUUGGACCUUACUCAAGGUUUGCAAAGCAAAAUCAGGUGAACUAGUUUGAUAAGGUUGUAUUGACAUAGAUCUUUACAGUAUAUAUAUAUUUGUGUACAGUACAAUAAGCCCAGGCUAUAAUAAACUUGGUGGACAAGUAUUUACUGAUUUUGAGAACUGAAUCCAAAUUUGAACCUCUCCAAAUAAAAUUGGGCCUGGCUUAUCCAGAUAAUGACAUCAGGAAAGUUUCUUUGCAAAUGUCAUAAAAAUCACAAAUCUACUAGCCUUUUGGCCUAGCAGCUAUGAUAGCUAUACUGGUAAGUGAAGAAAAUAUGGGUUAUAGUUUUUCGUUUAAUAAAUUGUUUGUUGUAGGCUUUGUGUGAUGUAGUGCACACAACCAGUACCUCUGGCUUGCUCUGUGUAGUUAAGUUCUCCGUGGUACUGCAGAUUCUGCGCCAUUUCCCCAAAAUUAAAGUUUUCAUAAAUU